AUGGCCCAGCAGCGCUUCAACUCGUUGCCGUUGCACGAGACGCUCAACCUGUAUGUCUCCCCAACAGCCUACGUAUUCGAGCCAGCCGGCAGCUCCUCCGCCGGUCUCGGCGAGAAGGAGGCCAAGGAGAGCCUAUUUGUUGACAGACGCACGGGCCGGAUGGCCUUGAACGAAAGUAUGGAUGCUCCGGUCGGGAAGGAGAAUGUCAUUACUUGCUAUGGUAUCUUGGGCGUAUUGAGCCUUGCAACGACCGACUUUCUCGUUAUCAUCACCGGUCGAACCCCCUCAUGCCGCCUCCUCUCCCAGGCCAUCUACCUCGCUACAGACUUCCGGCUCCUCCCCCUCUCUCCGCUCUCCACCUCCUCAUCCAUCCUCAACCACCCGGUCGAGAAGGAGCUCGUCUCGCUCGUCGAGCAAGGUCUCAAGUCUGGGCGCAUGUGGUACUCGUACGGCCUGGACCUCACGAAUACCAUGCAGCGGCAGCAGGACUUGGAGGAUCGGGGUCAGGGAGUCAAGGACUGUCCGGCGUGGAAGCGGGCGGAUGAGCGAUUCUUCUGGAACCGGUACUUGUCUGGGAGGAUGAUUGAUCUUACGGAGAACGGCGGAGUCGAUUUGAGCCGAUUCAUCUUGCCUGUGAUCUAUGGAUCUGUUGAGCUCCGUCAGACCGCCGUCAACAACCGAGACCUGCUCUUCUUCCUCAUUUCUCGUCGCUCCAGACAUCGUGCCGGUACUCGUUACUUUUCACGCGGUAUCGACACCCUCGGUAAUGUCUCCAACUUCAACGAGACGGAGCAGAUUGUGCUCUUUGAUCCUAUACCGCCCAAUGGCGAGAUUGCUCGUCGAGGAAGAGUGGAUGGAAAGGAACGGAUGAGCUAUGUGCAGAUCAGAGGGUCGGUGCCAAUGUUUUGGGCGGAGGUGAACAAUCUGCGGUACAAGCCGGAUCUGCAAGUGAUGGAAAUCCCAGAAACGGUACCUGCGCUUAAGCUGCACCUCCAGGCACUCAUCCGACACUACAACGAAGUCCACCUGAUCAAUCUUGUCAACCACAAAGGUCACGAACUCCCCAUCAAGGAUGCGUUCGAGCGCAACGUCACUGCGGCCGCGCAGUCCGACGCCGACAUAGCCGCCAAGGCGCACUAUCUCUACUUUGACUUCCACACCGAAUGCAAAGGGAUGCGAUUCGACCGGAUCUCGGUCCUCACCAAUAAGCUUCAGGCGAGUCUCGAGAGGAUGGGCUGGUUUCACUCCGGUGCGGCGGUAUUGGAGAAGACGGGCAAUGGAGAGGAUCAGGUGGAAGUGCGGAAGCGGCAAGAAGGGGUCAUCAGGAGUAACUGCAUGGACUGCCUGGAUCGGACGAACGUCACUCAAUCGGCAUUGGGCCAGUGGGCUGUCAACGAGCAGUUGAGGCAGGCGGGGGUUUUGAGUGUCAAGGAGACGGUAGGGGAGCAUCCGGAGUUUAUGGCCAUGUUCCGCUCGGUCUGGGCGGACCAUGGAGAUACGGUCUCUAAUGCUUAUUCUGGGACGGGCGCGCUCAAGGCCGACUACACCCGGACGGGCAAGCGGACAAAGCAGGGCAACCUCGAAGAUGGAUACAAGAGUGUCAUGCGUUAUGUCAAGAACAACUUUUUUGACGGUGAUCGACAGGACGCAUUCGAUAUCAUCACCGGCGGGUACGUGGCGAAGCGAGGGGGCAUACCGCCUUUGACCGACACUCGACCACUUCUCAUGCGAGCGAUGCCAUAUGUCCUCGCCUUCGCGCUGACCAUGAUCUUGGCUGCUUUCACCCUCCCGCGCACAUCAGACCUCUCCCUAUCAUCCUUCAUCUACUUUUGGUUCUUCCUCGCCUUUGUCUCCGGCAGCUACAUCUGGGGCAACGGCGUGUCGUAUGUUGCCUGGCCGAGACUGAACCCCCCGAUUUCGGUGCUGUCGUAUAACGGCCCCGGUGCCCGUUCGCUGCAGCGCGGUCGAGGCUUGACUCUGGGCGGGAUGGUCCCCUUCUCGGGUUGGAAGGCCAAGGCGAUCCCGGCGCAGGGGAGGGAUAAGACGGGGGAGCUGGAGAUGGGGAGGAAGAAGGGGGCGCUGAUUGAUUGA